AUGGGGUCAUUGGAAAGACAGUCCAAACUCCCGCCUAUCCUUGACUUCUCAGCAUUCCGGGGUGAAAAUGAGGUAGCGAAGGCCGAAUUUCUGCGGGCACUUGGACAAGCUUGUAGAGACAAGGGAUUUUUCCAGCUCACCAACCAUGGCAUCGACCCUGACCUUCAACGGAGGAUAUUCGCGGCGUCCAAAGAGCUGUUCGAUCUCCCUCUCGAAGAAAAGCUGAAAGCCAAACUGAUGCCCGGGACGAGCGGACGAGGCUACGAGACGAUAGGGGGCCAAAUGCUCGAGCCUGGCUCGGCCCCGGACACCAAGGAAGCCAUUUAUCUGGGUGAAGACCUGCCGGCUGACCACCCGCGCGUGCUGAAGGGCGAGUACGGAUGCGGUUCAAACAUCUACCCUUCUUGCCUGGGCCCGCAGUGGCACGAGACGUGCAUGGAAUACUUCCAGGCCAUGGACACCCUGGCCCGAGACGUAAUGCGAGCUCUGGCAGCAGCACUCAACAUACCCGAGGACUAUUUCGACCGGUUCACCGACGCAGAACCGACCGCGACACUUCGUUUGGUGCAUUACCCGCCCACUCCGACGACGUCGGAGAAGGAGCGUGGCUGCGGUGCCCACCGCGACUUUGGCUGCAUCACUCUCCUCCUGCAAGACAGGGUCGGUGGCCUGCAGGUCCAGGACGAAGAGACGGGCGAGUUUCUCGACGUCGAGCCCGUCCCGGGCGCCUACGUGGUCAAUCUCGGGAACUUGAUGGCGCGCUGGACGAACCACCACUACACGUCCAACACGCACCGCGUCAUGAACCGCUCGCCCACGGGCCGCUACUCGGUGCCCUUCUUCUACAGUGGCAACGCAAAGUACACGCUGGAAACCAUCCCGGGCCUGGAGCAGAGGCCGCAGCAGGCAGUCGCGCGGAAGUACGGCCCAGCCAUACCGUCUGAGCCGUACGGUCCCGUCUCCGUCGCCGAAUUCUUGCGCGACCAAUUCGUCCAGUCGUACAAGCGUGCCGACGACUACAGACCAAAGACGGUUGGGGCCACGGCAUAA